AAACAAUGGUAUUUAUUGAGUCCCUAUUGAGUACAAAGCAUCGUACUGAGCACUUGGGGAGGAUACCACAGAAGCAAGAUACCCAUUUCCUGCCCUCAAUGAGCCUAUGGUCUAACUGGGGAGAUAAAAAUGAUUUCCCAACUCAUUUUGUACAGCCACUUCCAAAACCUUGGUGUCUGAAUGCUUUUGAGUUAAAUUUAACUCUCAGAGAUCAUUUAUUAAUCACAAGUUUGCUACAGAGGUUUCUAAAUACUGCAUUGCUGAACAGAGGAAAAUCAAAAGGCACCAGACUUUUUAAAAUGCCCUGGUAUGCUCUUGAAUGUUGACUCCUAAAUAUGGCUUUCGGCAUUGCUUUGCAGUGAGUUUUUGAGACCUUUCAACGUAGCCAAGUGCCAGAACGUACUUAUGGUUGCCUCUCAGCUGGGGAAUGGCCCAAAGAGGGUUUUUUAUAUUUGUUUCAAAGAAACUCAUAGAGGCAGAUGGAUAGAAAUAGAAAAUGUCAGCUCCUUUAUUGCUCACUACUAAUCCAUCUCCCCAUUGGGUAGACUAGCCAAUCUGUCGGUGUGCAGAUUUCCAAGACAUUAGACAUUUAUAUAAAGACAUAUUGCCAUUUUCAGAGGACACAGACAAUUCACUUGGUCAGUUAUUAUACUAGACUGUGACACUCUCGACUGUUCCAAUGUGCAUCUGAAAUUUGACCCAUCAACAGACUCCAGAAAUUAGAGCAGAUUUCGGAUCCAGUAGUCAAGAUGCUUAAGAACUGCUCAUUUAAAUUUUAAGGCUGCUUUUCAGAGUUCAUUGAAGCGUAACAAAAUAUAGCCAAAUUUUUUCCUUCCUUGCUUAAUUCCCCUACUUGUUUUUUUUAGGACUUUCUUCUUGAGUUCAAAUGAGCAGUGGAUGGAAAGAAAUAAGGAGUCCUGGAUUCUCAAUUUCCUGCCCCAUAAUUUUUGGCAUGGGACAGUAGGACACCAUGACAAUUACCAUAGUAUAUGAUAACUCAGAAGCGAUGGAAUUGUGUGCUGCUCAGCACCUGUAUCUUAAACCAAUAGCUAAGCUGACAAUCAACGUGAUGCUACCUGAAGAUACAGAACCUGCUCGAUCAUUUUCCAACUGGGAAGUUCUGGAUCAGCUGAAAAGCCUGAUUUGUCCAGACCAGUUCACCACUGUUCGAGUUUCAAAGAGCACCAAAGACUUCAUCCGAUUUGAGGGAGAAGCAGAAACGAAAAGUUUGGUUCAGACCCUGAAGGCAAAACUACAUGGGAAGCUCAUCAAGCUGAGUGGUUUGAAGAAUGACUUGAAAGUGGUAGCUACUGAUGCACAAGUGGACUUUCCAUCUCAGCAAGAGUGGGAAUCUUUCCUGAGUAAAAACGAGGCAGAAAGUGAUGAGCUUCCUGAGAACAGCCUUGCCGAGAGUCCGGAUUCCAUCUACUUUGAGGGGCUGCCUUGCAAGUGGUUUGCCCCUAAGGGGUCCAGUGGUGAAAAGCCAUGUGAAGAUAUCCUCCGGGUGGUGUUUGAAAGCUUUGGGAAGAUAAAGAACAUAGACAUUCCUAUGCUUGAUCCCUACAGAGAAGAGAUGACUGGAGGAUCCUUUGGGAACUUCAGUUUUGGUGGUCUGCAGACUUUUGAAGCCUUUAUCCAAUACCAAGAGUAUACAGAUUUCAUAAAAGCAAUGGAAUCACUUAGAGGAAUGAAAUUGAUGCUUAAGGGGGAUGAUGGAAAGGCACUUGCUUGUAACAUUAAGGUUAUGUUUGACACGACCAAACACUUCAGUGAGGGAGCUAUAAAGAAGAGAAAUCUGGAAAGGUUAAAAUUGCAAGAACUGGAGCAAGAGAGGAAAAUAGAAAAGAAGAGAGAAGAGGAGGAGACAGAAAGGAAAAGAAAAGAUGAUGAGAAAAAAUCCCGAGAGAGGAAAAGAAAGGCCAAGCUCAAGAGGAAAGAACAAAAGCAGAAAGAAAGAGAAGAGAAACGCCUGAAAAAGCAUCAGAGAGCAAAAGCUGAGGAGCUAUGGCCGGGGACCGGGGAUGAGUGGGAGGAAAGGAAGUACCUGCUGGCUCAGAGGCGCGUGGAGGCCCUGCGACUGCUGAGGGUGCUGCUGAGGAGAGUCACAGAAUUUGGACAGUUUAACAAACAGAAAGUGGAGAACACAUCCAUCGAAGCAAGAGAAGGUAGUGUUUCAGAGAGAGAGUUGAAAACUUUGGAGAAAGGACAGUCAAACCCAAGCUACCUUCAUCAACCUGAGCUGAAGAAGGAGACCCGAAAAUGUCAGUGUACCAAGUCGGACAGGAUAUCAGUGUACAAGAAAGAGCAGGCUGACCUCCCUGCAUCCUCUUAUCACUUAGUGAAAACAUUUUUCAAUGACGCAACUAAAGAGGAUUCUGGCCAAUCAUUAACCAGUCGACACAACCACAGUUAUGUCUCAGACUUGAAUUCCUUGCAGAUUACAAUUAAUCAAGAUUGCAAAAUCAUUCACUCCCUUAAAAGAAAGGACUGCCAUGUUUUGGACAUUUCCCACUCCCCGAAAUUGCAUGAGGAAGGUUACUGCAGAAAAGAAAAAAUUUAUGAAACAGAAGAAUUUAUUCACUAUCUGCUGAAUUACUAUCAAACUCCAAGAUAUCCUCGGAUAUGCACAGACCCAAUGGACACCAUGAGCAGAUCUUGGUGGCAAAGAGCCGUCCUAGAUAAAGGAAAUGGAUUUCAAGUCAAUUUGAAGAAUCAAUUUCGGCAUCAUUUCACCAGAGUGAGAAUUGUACAAAACCUGGAUAAAGGAGACUGGACUCCAGAAGAUCAUUUCAGGUGGAAGAUUACCAUUAAAGAAUCUGAGCCAAAACUGAGAGAGAACGUAAAGCAGAGCAGUAUAAAAGGAUUUACUAAGGGGGUUAAAAUAGAUUGGACAGAUUCCCUUAGGGAAACUGUUAACGAAGCAUCCUAUGUUAAUGUGAACAGCUACCCUUUCAGAAAUAUUCAAACUGGCCAUGACGAAGACUUCAGAUGCAUUAGGAAAAGAAACCUGUCCCCACCCUGCCAGCUAACAGGUUCAGCUUGUGAAUUAGAAGAUUUACUAGAAGAGAUCAGUAGUGAUUCUGAGUGCUUCAAUGAAGCGUUUAGUGGUCCAGACAGAGGAACAGAAAGAAGCUACACAGAAUAUGUUUGUUAUCCCGAAGGGACAAACUGCCUGAUGAAGGAAAGGGAGGGAUUCUUUAACUGUGAUGAAAAUGUGGCUCGUGAUCAGGGCAGUCGAUUCAGCCACUGUACCACGUGUGCAAAGUUGAAACCUGGUGGUUUGACAAAACAUUGUAGACACAGGCUGCGUGAGUCAGGCAAGAGGUCUAAGAAUAAACAGAGAUGUCCAGGACCAGAAAGGGACACCAGUGAAAAUGAGGGCAAUCCCAGAAAAAAGCCCAAAAAGCCACCUACAGAAUAUUUUCCUGAUGAAGGAAGCUACUCCGAUUCAGACUCUAGCAAUCCAUUCAAAUCUCUGAGAGAAAAAAAGAAUCACGGCCACACACUUAACCAGAAAGUGCAAUGUAAAGCCUUUCAGGAGCCAAUGGCAAGCUCCAAGAGUAGUGAUGCCUGUCCUGUUCAGAGAUUUCCCCAAAGUACAAGAGGUCUGUGGAGAGCAAAGUACAAUAAAAAAGAUAUAGGGCAACUCAACAGAUAUGGGGAUUGGAAGGAUUAUUUGCUAUCUUCUGGGUAUUGUCUAAAUAGCUUCAACAAGCAAGGUUUCUCUGGUGCUGAAACUUUAGAAAAAGGAGAUCCCAAUUCUUCCGAUCCAAAAUAUUUUGAUGACUGCUUAGCUCAGGAGUCCUCUUUUCAUGACGCCAAACGAAGUGCAAGGAAACUAAAAACUGAAAAGUAAUUUUAUUAUUUUAUGUAUUUCAUAAUUAGAGUGUAAGCAUCACCUUUAAAGCAAAUGUUACACUCCAUAUGGUUUGCCUUUUUGCUCAAACAUAGCAGGCAUCAUGAUGCCCACAGGUGCUUUGGUAAGUCUUGGACAGACUAAAUGUGCAGUUCUAAAGAGCUAUAAAACAAUAUGCUUACAGACCUUCUUGUUCCCAGAGUGUACAGUACUAUAAUGCAAUUGCAACCAUUAUUUUGGUUCCAGAGAAUGCAUUUAAUAGAGGGGUUUGAGGGUGACUUCCUCUGCAGGUCCUCCAUCCACAUCAUCGCUUCAUGAUUCAUUUUUUAAAAGCCCUGUUAAAAAUAGAUGAGGCUCUUUUCCUGUGUUCUCUGAUCUAUCUAACAAUCUUGUUUUUCUCUCCCAGGCCAAAAAAGAAACGAGGGAAAUAGAGGCCUCUCGGUUUCUUACUGAAGUAAAAAAAGAGAUGCUUAAUGGGCAGGUCCCAGUGGAAAUUAGGGUUUGCCAAUUCCCAAACUGUUUCAGAAUAAUUGUUGUAAAGUUCGACAAAGGUCAUUACCCUGCAAAAAGUACCAAAAAGUUAAUGUCAGUUGAACUUUAAAGCAGACAGUAGAGAAGCUUGUUAGGAUUUAGAGAAUAAUGAUAGGAGUUGCAGUGAAAUUACCAGAGGGAAGGGGGGUUGGAGAAUGUGUAUUAUUGAUCCAGAAAGUGAAUGCAGAGGGUCUAGGUUAGUUGGUUGGAUGAAUCUUCUGUGGCAGCCAUCUUAAACUGGGCCAAGGGAGAGAGUGGCUGUUUGUUUAAAGUAGCCCAUCUGGUGCUGGGAAAUCAAUCGGUAAAAUCACCUCCCCAAAUCAUAGCUUUGCAGAACAGUAGCAAGAAUGCCCACAAUUAUGAUGCUUUGAUGGGUCUGGAAAACUGAGAGAGGUCUGUGUCUGUCUUGGGAGUGGGAAAAAUAAAAAUGGGUGGGUUUUCAUUUAUUGAGGUCUUCUAAAUUUCUAAAUGCAGAACACAAGCAUUUUUACCUUUUUAUAGGCUUCCUGAGAUUAGCAGAUAGGCCAGUAUCCAAACUCUCAACCUGAAUUUUGUAUGGUGUGACUUCCUGAAAACGUGACUGCUUUAUUCAUGCAUUCACUGGAUUUUUGACUCCAAGGAAGAUACGGUAUUUUCAACAAGUUAUAGCUGGCCUCUACCUGGAUAAUUUAAAGGAAGCUUCAUCAGAUUAGAAGCUACUCAUAGAACAUGAUUACUUUAAUGCUUAUGGAAAUUUGAAAAAGGUUUUUUGCAGCAUAGUGCAUUUUGCAUCUGACCACAUUUGAUGCUGUUUUUUUGAAAUGGAGCCUGUUGAAUGAGUUUUCUGGUGCCAUAUAACUAAUUCGUCUUUACAACCACAGUUAAAGCUCUUGCUAGACGCCUAAAUUGGAUAUAGAGGUUGGAAGAUUGAUUCAGAAAUGUACUGUACCUGGUCUGAACUAGAACCAUACAAUUGACAGUUUCAGAUUUUUUUACUGCUUUAUUACAUGUCAAAAUAACGAAAUGAAUGUAUGUAGCAGUAUGUUUUACUUAAUGUACCAUACAUGCUUGUAACCUCUAAUCUAAUAAAGUGGUAACCAAGAAACAAUUUGCUUUUUCUUUCAUCCUAGAUUAGGUUUUUCACCAAAUGACUCAGCAGAAAACUGCCUUUAAGAUUCUAAACCAGGUAUUGCCUCAUCUCUGUUGUAAAACAAAAUGUUCCAUGUGUCGAGUGCCUUUUCUACAUUUUCUCUCUGAAGAUCACACAUAAAAACAAACUGUUAAGGUUCAAACAGUGCCGUUUUAUCCAUUAGCUCUUUUUAACUGAAGACAACCUGCCAUUUGUCAAGUAACUUUCUGUGAACUGAACGGGUAUCAUCUGUCCAUGCACACUGAGAACCUGCCCUCUUCGGGCUCCUCUCCCAAGUUUUCUUAAUGUUUUGUACAGUUGGAUGAAAAGUAGCUAGGCUAGAACCAGUAUAUAUGGCAAAAAACUUUCAUUUCUGUUGAGUUUUUUUUCUAUGCAAUGUUUACAGACCUGAAAAAAAAAUUGCUGCCCAAUGAUCCUGAAUUGAGUUUUACUUUAUGUAGCAAAUACAUUUUCCAAUGAAAUUUUGUAAGGCAGAACUGGUGCUAAAUUUGUUUGUAGCAUUUUUCAGUUUUGCUUGGAAAGCACUAAAGCUAUUUUUGUCAUCUGCAUGCCCCUGAAUUUUUUCCUCUCUUAAAGCAACAAAUCUUGCUUUUUAGUUUAGCUUAUAUAGAGCUUAAUUUAUCUGUGCACCUUAAAAAGGGGAAUAGUUCAUGUCUGUACUUUUAAGUUUGACCCUACUAAGCUGUGAAAUAAUGCUGAACGUACUUUAUCUUGGACAUUCUCACUUGAUUUCUUUAAUCCUUUACGGACUGUUGGUUGAAGAAAUCAUGUAUUUAUUUGUAUACAAUAUUUCAUUCACUUUUUCCUGUGCAUUAAGUAAAGGCCCGAUUCUAGUACAGGGUGUUUAGAAAUUCAGUUCAUGUCUUUAAUUAUGUAAAUGUUUUGUGAAUUCACCUUGAUAGGCUAUUCCAAACAUUGUUUUUAAAAAUGGGGGAAAAAAACCCUUUAAAGGUAUUCUGAAUUUGUAUAUAUUGAAUUUCUCAGGUAGGGAAAAAGUGUAACAGUAAUUAUUGAAAAAACAAAUGUAUUUUUAUUUGGUGUAACACUGUUAAAUGUUGACUUAUAAUAAAUGUAUUACAAUGA